GCCCGAGAUCAACCGCCAUCUUCCUCAUGCGCCGUAGCCCCUCGCGCAGUACGCCAGUGCCUCUACUUCUCACUCUCCCAGAUUCUCUUGAGAGCCCCUAACGAAUACGAAAAUGCUUUUAUUAAAACAAAUCCUAUAAAAAAUGGACGACAAAAAUAAAUAGGCUAAUGAAAACUUUAAAUGUAAUUAGAUUUUAUCAUAUGUUGGAUGGCCAUAGUUUUUUUCUUCCAAAGCCCCAAAUAAAAUCAGUAAGCCGGCCGGCAUUUUCAUCAGUUAAACUCAAGUAACAGGCAAAUUACCCAUGUGGCACUUCAACACAAUAUCAACCAGGGGAUAAACGUUGGACUUUUAACUUGCCAAGGCAAUCUUCGCCAGAGUAUUAUCACAGGCCAUAUACCAAAGGGAACAAAACAUGGAGAAAAGGGUAACACUGACAGAACCCCUGAUUGCCGAGUGGGUCAAGUACAUUCAAGACGUGAACAAUGAGCAAGAGAACGUUAUCAAAACUGGCAGAGAAUUUUACAUACCAUUUAUGGCCAUUCCCAUGGUGAUUGUGGAGAAGGUAUUCGCCAUUGUCGAGUCCUUCGCUCUUGGCCCCAGGACAAAAUACCUAUCACUAUAUAUUUUCGAGAAAUUCGUUUGCAAUCAGUUCUGGGAGAUGUACAUAGAGCAUGAGGCACAUCCGGGCUCUCACGAGUACCAACGUGCUAGUGACAGGAUCUCCGAAAUGCUCAUGAUGAGGCUCAUGAGUUCUAUUCAACUGGCCAGCAAGAUGGACUCUCAUUUGCUGGGCCUGAGCGUCAGUCAGGUAUUGUCUGCUCUAGACAAACUAGAACCUAAUCACCACUUCAACCGAUCGACAAUAAUACAAUCAGAAAUGGACGUAUUCAAGACAAUAAAUUUCAAAAUACCUCUCGUCACCCCUCUAGACUGCAUCGAAGUACUCCUGGCGGCGCUGAAGCUCGAUAGAGUGCCUAAAGUACACAAUGCAGCUCUUCAUAUUCUCGACAUAACAUAUCUUCAGCACCAGCAAUUAUUUUCUCAAUUGCGUUUGGCCUCUCACGGCUGCCUAGCUAUAUCCAAAGAGGAUAAAAUCAAUUUUAUGGCAAUGGAAUCUGACAUGCUCUUCCUGGGUGCCGCUGUAAUCCGAUGUACAAUGAAAAUAUUUCGAGCUAAAGAGGCAAUACUCAACGAUGUGGUAAGGAGACUCGAGGCGCUAGUUAAAAUCGACAGAAAUGAUAUUCAUAAUUUCGGGAAGAUGAUCUUCGUUAUGCUAGAUCUGGACAAUAUCAAUGCGACAUAAUUACUGAAUUAUUAAAUUAACAAAUUGUGAUAAACUCAAGGUACAAAGUAAAAAUGUGACAUAGAUCACAUUAAACCGUCAAUAUUCCGCGAUCGGUAGAGUAAAAUCAUUCCGUCAGAAUAUAUGAGAAAUUAAAGACAAGUCGUUUUUUACUUUCCUCUUCCGUCAUUUAUAUUAAAUUUCUUAAUUAUUUUAUUUCUUCAAUCAGUCGGUUGAUCACGUGAUAUGUAGCUACUGAUAAAUUGGUUCAUUAAUCAGUCGAAUGGAGAAAACGACAAGGAUUAUUUGACAAUCAUAAACCAUUAUUAUCAAACGUCAAAUUCGUUAUUUAAUUACGUGUAUAAUUAAUUGUUGUAACUAAUGUUGGAAAGUUUCGUGAGCAGUAUAAACAGUGCUUUAAACAUUCAGAUACGUAAAUAUAAAAAAAUUGUAUAUAUAUAUGGCAAUAUUUAACUCCAAGCUCUGUAAAUAUGGAGACAAAAGACUGGCGACUAACGUGUUUUGUUGAAUAAAAUGAUAGGAAAAAAUAA